AUGUGGUUGUUCCAACUAUUUUUUCUCUGCCUUUGUUUUGUUGCAAGCACCCAAAACUUUUCAAACAAGGCCUCUGAAGAAGAAAGUACUCCAAGGCCAGUAGUCGAUGAUUACGUAGAAGAUGCGGACCUUCAUGUCUUUAUACUACUUACCGUUAUAACUUGCCUUGUGAUGAUUAGUCUGGUCAGUUUUAUCAUUUUUAUGAUAUUGGAAGAAAGGGUAAGGACUUUCCGAAAACUAAAUUUUAAUUGCAUAUAGUAUACACGUGUCCUGUAAUUGGAAAUAUUUUAUAAUAUUUUUAGAGACCUGAACCCGAACCCACUUGCGAAACGAAAGAUUUAACCGUUAUAUUGCCCGAUGUGCCUAACAGAACCCCACAAGAGUCAUCAGGAAGGAAAGGAAAGACACUUUCUACUGGGAAAACUGCUACCGAAGCGACUAUUACCACUCAAAAUGACGUCAGGGUGAGCCUUAUCACUCUACUUAUGUGGUAUCAAUUUUUUUGUAUGACAGGUUUUGCAUAAAUGACGAUUGUUUUUGUAUAGUACAUACAUAUAAUAUGUCUUAUUGGAGUAGUAAUAUUGAAGAUUGAAAUUCAGCCCAGUCCCCAUCCAACUGUCCGUGACUCCCGAAUUUACAUGUGGCCAAGAAAACGAAGACCCAACUUGCAACCCGGAGAAGCGGUGACUCGGUUAUUGAGGGUAACACGACAUAUUUAGCUUAAUCUUAUGUACUUUAUGCCCUUGCAGGAGAUGGAGGGCAAACUCCACGAAUUGAAAGAAAACCAUCAGAGCAUGGAUCAAGCUUUUGCCGAGAACAUCAAACAACAAGAAUCUCACGAAAUCCCCCUUGGUUCCGAGGAUGACCAACGAUUAACUACUUGUCAAGCAGGUGGAGAGAGUGUUAACGAGGAGGUGAGGAAAUCUCUUGCUCAUUUAGUGAUUCAGUGUUUUUAUAUACAUUUCAGAGAGUGAUGUUUGAUUUCAGGAAAACCUCCAGGAUUCGGUGGAUCAAACUCAACAAUCGAUCACUCCAGAUAACUAA